AUGGCCCAACAAUACCUCAAAACCCGCGCUGGUCUCUCAGACCAAAACACAUCCCCGUCCGUCGACAUCUCUGCCAUCGUCAAAGGCGUCGAUGAAAUCUUUUUACUAGGCAGUGUUCAAGCCGUGGCUGCCAUGGCCGUGGGUACUGAGAGCAUCCACAAAGUCGACUUCCUCGUAGGACCUGGCAAUGUGUUUGUGGCCGAGGGCAAGACACAGCUCUAUGGCGAGAUUGGAAUCGAUCUCUUUGCAGGCCCUACGGAAAUUCUCAUCCUCGCCGACGAGACUGCCGAUGUCUUCACCAUUGCCACAGAUCUGGUUUCCCAGGCAGAGCAUGGCCCGGACACACCGGCCGUGUUGAUCACGGCCUACCUGUCGACGGCGGCGAUUGCAAAAACUUCAUGGGAUGCCUUUGGAGAAGUCAUCAUCGUGAACAGCAUGGAUGAGGUGUGGGCUUUGGGAAAUGAGUAUGCGAGCGAGCAUGUGCAAGUCUUUACUAAGAUCCCGCGGGAUACGCUGGAACGAAUGACCAAUUUCGGGGCUCUAUUCCUGGGCGAAAGGACGUGUGUAUCAUAUGGAGACAAGGUAAUCGGCACUAACCAUGUCCUCCCUACCAGGACAACCGCUAGAUAUACUGGGAGUCUCUGGGUCGGCAAGUAUUUGAAAACUUGCACCUAUCAAGAGGUUACCUCCGAAGAGGCCAGUGGAAACCUAGGACGUCUUUGCGGACGGGCUGCGCGUGCAGAGAAAUUUGAGGCACAUGCGCGGUCUGGCGAUUUGCGGGCCAGUAAAUACAUGGACGACGAUUUUGGGUGGAUUGAAAAAACUCGGAGAUAA